AUGCAAAGAUUGGACGUCGAUUUGGAAAAAUGUUACGAGAACGAUCUGGAUUGGACAUUGUUGCCAGAGAACCUAAGAAAAGUAAGUACUCUUCUUUUUGGACAUUUGACAUUAUUUACCCACGAACCCGUUGUAAUUUCGCAAAGACUUAUAAGUUCCCCUAGGAUGACCGAACAGAUAAAAAUUUGUUAGCAUCGCUUAGAGUGCAUGUCGAGAAAUCUAAAGGUACUCUGCAUAGCGUAAAAAGGAUUUUCAACGAUUUUGGAGGAAACCGUCGUUGAGUGCCGGGUUUUUUUUUGUUUAGCCAUAGCACAACAUCACUCAACAUUUGAAACAUUCAAGAACUUGAAGGUCGCGCUCAGUUUCCGUUUUGUUGAAUAGAUUUUGAAAAUUUGCCUGUAGUUCCAGAAGUACAACAGUUUUAUGCAUGUCCUUUUAAGAACCAGACGUUUCACUCAACCCUUUUAGUCCCUAUUUGAUGUCUUCUCGUAUACAAUAAAAAUCUCUAUGGAAGAAUAAUAGACCCAAUCUUUUCCCGUUUUCAAAUUAGCGUUCUUUGUAAACGCAACAUUUUAAAGAUUUUUCACCAGCACACUCGCAAAACAGGGAGGGUUUUUACAGCAUCUGGUGUUCAGUGCGUUGGCCUUACCUUAAACGGAAUUAUCAGCUAGUACAUACAAAAGUCUAUGUGAAACGUCGUGUGGACUUUAACAAUAACAAAAAUAAAGCACGAACUAAUGAUGAAGAUUAUGCCCUAUUCUUAUUCGUACAUGAAAACACGCUCCCAAUCUUUUUUUCUCCAAUAUUCCAUGCGAAUCUUGAAUUUUUAAACAGAGGACGCCAUUUUUCUUUUUCUCGUGGGAUAAGGAGCGACUGCUGACCCCGAAGGCUCAAAUUCAAGAUGGGCGAAAUAAACGAAAUGAAUGAAAUGUCUUUCGAAAGUUCACACGUUCAUCAUAUGCAAGUGGAUUUCGCAAUUACAGAAUUUUUUAGGAUACCGCAUCUUCGUACUAUGUGAUGCAAAGACCUUUCUGUUCACCGUUUUGUUUAACAGAUUUGUCAGUUAUUUGGCAAAGGCAUGAAGCAGCGAGAAACCACUGUUCUUCUUGGGAUUCUUACAAUGAUUAGCUUUUGUAUGGGUCAUACUUCGACAUCAGUGAAUGACUUUUGGACAGAACCCAUUAUUUUGUGGAUUGCCAUUGUGCUGCCAACAGGUAAGAACUCGGGUCUUUCCUUUAUGGCUCAUCAGCCAUAUCAUAAAUUUACAUUAGAUAGGAAUAUACAUGGAACAACCAACCAACAUGUUGGAUGAUUUCACUAUAUCAUUUUUACACUUUCACCUUUGGACUGUGAUGUUCACAUCAAAGGCAUGAUAAGAACCCUUCCAUUCCAUGGAUGAUCUUUUCUUAUAAAUGUCCAUAAUGUCGUUACUUAUCAAACUUCAAUAUGCAUUCAGCUUAACCAGUUUUAAGACUGUCUUUUAUUAAACUUAGCACACACAGUUCACCUGUUCAAACACACAAGCAAUAAUAUUAAGACUUAUACUUUCCUUCUUGCUACACACUAUAAUAUUAAAAACCCUCUGGUCCUGCUAUACAUUGUAACAUGCAUAAUAAAACAUACCCACUCUUUCAUGGUGCAAAACAAUGUUUCUUAUUAAAACUAUAUUUACAUUCGUUUUCCUAUCAGUGUUUUGAAAUCUGCAGACAACCUACAAACCAUUCCAGUUUUGCAUCACAUUUUGCUUGAGUAAUUCUCUUGUUGGUUUAUCAUGGGUACAAACAAACUUUUUCCCCUCUUACAGGUCGCUGCAAAAGCACUUUCCAUCAAUUUCUUAAUGACGUGAUGGAUUCUGUUCAGGUUAAAGCUUUAGCCAAAGGCCAUGCGGUGAAAUCUGUCUUCAUGCCUCACUGUACAUGGGACAAAUUUGGCGAUAUUUUAGCAAAUGCUGGAGGCCGUUCAUUUGGACUGUUUGACGAGCUUGUGUCGUUUUUUAGUACUAUGAACAUGUACUCAACUUCUAAAAUGCAGCUGUCAGACACGAAGGAGUAUCAAGAUUUCUUGCAGUUAUUCACUGGCAAGUCAAAGACAAGGGAAACCAGUAAGUUGCGUACUAUUUUCUAGGGUCUAUCUCAAAUUCAACUCAAUUCCUUCCAUUUUUUGAAUUCCUUAGAGGCAUGCACCUUCUUUAAAAAAAAGUUCUGUUAUUACAGGACCACAGUGCUCUCAGACACACGUUCAUACAUCCCUGUGAUUAUAAUAAUUAUUUAUCAAUAUGAUUUACAUCCCUGGAGAACAACAUGUAUCGAGGCAAAUGAUAUAUAUACCUAUAUGGCUCUUUUUUUUUUUAAAUGAAUUAUAUUUAAGCAUUGGCCUGUAAAACGAGCUCUUCAAACACAUUCAUUUUAAAUUUUAGUACCAGUCACUUUUUUAAAAAAAGUGUUGACUGAGCCACCUUCUUAAUAAACUUUGCUUUUUCUUCAGUUACUGGAAACGCCAACUACAGAAUGACCCAAACCUCAUUCACACUAAUGGGGUUUACCCAGCCACAGACCGCCCUUCCUAUCAUGGAAGAUGCACAGAACAACGCCAAGGGGUUUACGUCAAGACUGCUUUGGUUUUUCCCAAGACCAGUGUUUUGCUCAUUGAAAGAGACUAAUUUAACACCAGAGGAAAGUGCAGAAGUGAAAGACUUUCAGAGCAAAUUAGGGUUA